CGUAUCUGCUGAAUGCCCCCGCGGUUAUUGUUUUCACCACGAGGAGUUUACCGUAGCUUCGCGAUGUCCGCAUAUAGCGUGUGUGAACGGGGGUGCUCCAAUACCAAUGGUUAUAGGAUGUUCAUUAAAUCCACUUCAGGUCCAAUAUCUCCAUUCCAUGACAUACCACUUCAUUCGGACAAACAGAAAAACAUUUUCAACAUGCUGGUUGAAAUUCCUCGGUGGACAAACGCCAAAAUGGAGAUUUGUAAAGAGGAGUUCAUGAAUCCGAUCAAACAGGAUGUCAAAAAUGGAAAGCUGCGUUUCGUGAACAACAUAUUUCCACACAAAGGUUAUAUUUGGAACUACGGUGCUCUUCCUCAGACAUGGGAGGACCCCAACCAUCAGGACCCGAACACGAAUGCAAAGGGAGACAAUGACCCGAUAGAUGUUUGUGAAAUCGGAUCGAAAAUCCUCUCACGUGGCUCUGUGGUUCCCGUAAAGGUACUCGGCAUCUUAGCAAUGAUCGACGAGGGUAAGCAGUGGGGCUCUUAAGUGAAACGGAUUGGAAAGUAAUCGCCAUUCACACUGAUGAUCCGUUGGCAAACAAGUUAAAUGGUAGGUUGGUGGUUAGUUGAUCAUCUGAUAUCUUUCCUUUCAAGACAUUGAUGAUGUGGACAAACAUAUGCCCGGACUUCUCAAGGCCACCCGGGACUGGUUCAGGUUUUACAAAGUGCCGACUGGGAAACCAGAAAACACGUUCGCCUUCAACGGUGACUUCAAAAACAAGGCGUUCGCUUUGGAUGUGAUUCAACAGACACACGAACAGUGGAAGUCGUUGAUUUCUGGGAAGUCCGACCGGAAAAACAUCACAUGCUGCAAUGUUUUAGUUGAAGGAAGUCCGUUUAUCGUAUCAUCCGAAGAUUUCGCCGCCGAAUUACUGAAGUGUCCGAACUUCACUGAGGGCAAGCCAACAUGUGAUCCUGCUUUGGAUGAAUGGCAUUUUUGCAACAAAAAUGCAUAAUGGCAAUGUCCGAUGCCCCCUUUGGUUCCGGUGCUGUUGCAAUCAUGGACGCAUAAAGAUCCCCGUCCCCAAUUGAUUUAUACCCAUUUCCACCCUGCUAGCCAGUGUUUCUCGCACACUUCAAUGUUAAAAGUUAUGACCGGAUU